AUGUGGCUCCCUUUUAAUGCUUUAAGAAGCAAGAAAUUGGGAUUUUUAGUGGUUUUUUUAUUAAGUGUAAUAUUUUUGGAUGUAAAUAGAGAGUUGUUUAAAAAUGUAAAAAAUGGGGUUGGAUAUAUUGUUGAAGCUUCUGAGUCGUCAUCUUCUCCCAGUAUGACUAGGUUAGAUGCAGAAAGAAAGAGAAAACACCCAGAAACGGCCAAAUUACCCAGAUACCCUAUUCCUGGAAUGAGAUAUGACGAGUUAUCCGAAUCUGAUUCCAAUGUUCAUGGAAAGAAAAAGUCGGGAAAGUCAAAGAAAAAAGUUUCUGGUGCUUCAAAAAUUGCUGAGGAGGGAGAAAAAAAGACUUCUAAGAAGAAAAAGACCAAGUCUGGGGUUAAAUCUAAGAAAUCUUCAAAAAGGUCCACUUCCUCAGGUAGUCAAGAAGAAAUUCCUUCCUCUCGUAUGGAGAAGCCUGAGAAGAGUAGUGGCACAGACUCAGCUCGUGUUAAACAUAAGUCUUCCAGAUCUUCCAAACAUAAAAGUAGUUCUUCAAAUACUGAAUCUUCUCCUGAAAGAAGUAGAAAGAGGCAUGACAAGUCAAAACUGACAAUGAGUGAGUAUAAGUCAUUUUUACCAGGUGUUAGUUCGAUUUGGCAGCAUCCAAGUACCAGGAAGACAUUUAAGCAUUUGAAUACAAAAUAUGGAAAUUACUUCCCUAAGAUAGCAACUAGGCCAUAUAGGAAAAGUAACGAAUGUUCUUCUCUCUUUGAUUCAGCCAAGAAAGCUUAUGAAAACAAAGAAAUUGUGAUUCAUCCUGCAGAAUUUGUGGGUCUCUCACUUACUUUAGCAUCAAAGUUAAGAGAGGUACUUGGACAAUAUGUUACAAUACAAGAAUCAUGUUUAAUGUUGAGGAUAUUGUUACACUUAUAUUCUGGAAUGAGAACAAGAACACAGUUUUUGAAUAUAAUUGCAGCUGUCUUGCAAAAUGAUAUUUUGCUAGGAAGGAUUUCGGAUGACUUUGGGAUGAUUAAGGAGGUAAUGUAUAUUUUAGAUUUUCUACUUCAGCUUCCUAAACACAGAGCAGACACAAAAUCAAUGCAAAUGUCUGCAAUUGAAAUUUCAGAGUUCUUCCAUCUAGAGGUUUAUCCUAAGGAUAACUCAUAUGAAUCUAAACUUCUUCCUAUCUAUAGAAAGAAUGCAGAAGUAUUAAUGUCUGAGAUUGAGAAGAGAUUGGGAAUCGCUGUGGCUAGGGACGAAAUAAUGUCGAUGAUUUAUAUAAUGCUUAACUUUAUUGAGGAUGACAGAAGUCAGGAACAGUGUACAGAAAUAAUGUUAGCUGUUAUUGGUGCAACUUAUACAACCCCACUAAAUGCAUCUCAAAUGAUAGAGUUAUCAAAUAUUGCCAAGGAUGUAUUGGGUUGUAAAGCAUCUUCCAGUAAUGUAAUGAGUAAGGAGCAGAUAAUUAACAUUUUUGGUCCAGAGAAGGAUAUUGUUGAUAUGCGACAAACUACUUUGGUUGGAGGUCCUAUGUCUGAUACACUCCGAAUUUGGAAAGAGGUGGGUACUUUAGACUAUUUGGGUCGUGUAAUUUCUGUAAGAUUUAAUGAUUGCCAUGGUCUUAAGGCUUGGAAGCUGAAUAGGAUUUGCUCAAUGAUGGAGAUAAUGAACAGAAAGCUCAUAAAAACAGGAUCUACUCACGAGAUCAUUACUCUUGAGGAACUUUGUGGAGCUCUAAGGUAUAAGGCCAGACAUUCUGGGACUGGUUGGCCUUUAGCCAUUAAAGCCACAUUACAACAACGCCAAAACAGUUUGUCAGUUAAAGUUGAGAAAUUGUUUUCUCACUUUUUGGCACAUGAAAAGAGAAAAUUGGCAUCUUUGGAGGGUUCUAAAAAGAGGAGGAGAGAGGUAUUUUAUAUGGUUCCAGAGUUUUCAAAACCCAGUUUCUUAGAUUCGGUUACUCCAAGCUCUCCCGCUAAAGGCAUUCCUUCAGCUGACCCCUACAAACCUGAUUUCUUCUAUACAUUUAACUCAAUGCCUAGUUGGGUUCAAAAUAGGUUCAUAUUUGCUUCAGCUUUUAUGGAGGAGCUUCUUACUAAAUAUGGUAAUUUUGUUCAUAUAUCCCCUGUAAAAUUAUAUAAUACAUUAGGGGGUAAACUGGAUAAGACAUCUGAUCUUUCUUUGGUUAUAAAAGGAUUGAGUUUGACUCAGGAACAGUUUAAAGCUUUACCAGCAGCAUUUUGUGACUAUGAAGAGAAAAUGCUGUUUAAACACAACUCAAAUUCCAGCCAACUUACUUAUGAUGAGUUUUUAGAGGCCUUUUAUGAAUAUUCUCUUGCUAAGUAUGUUGAAGGAAGAUACUUUAUAGAAGCUGCUGUUGAUGUAACAGAGAUUAUGGACAGAUAUUUAACUGCUUCAAAUGGUUUAAUGGUUGAAAUAUUUCAACAACUAGUAACUCAGGAAAGGCUUAGUAGAGUUUACCUAUUCCAAGCCUUCAUUAAUAACAGAAUCAAAGUUUACUCAAAUGAAAAUAAUAUUAAUUUUAUUACUACUGAGCAGUCAAAUAGGAUUUUAUCAGGUUGUGUGGAUAACUCUAAACUUUCAUACGUGGCUGAGAUGAGAAAAUCUUUGAGCCCUACAUUCUUUACAGAUAACAUGAUAGAAAUCUUGGCAAAGGAAUGGUCAGACUAUGAAAAUAUAAUCUUGCCUCAGGUUUUGAAUUUAAACUCUUCUGAGGAGAAUAUACUACAAUCCAUUUAUUCUAGUGGAAUUACUUUUGCAGUGUUAUCUAUUGAUGGAUGGGAGCUUUUGUUAGAUCCAACAGUCUAUCUUCGAAACUUAGCCAAUGGAGUGAGUUUGUCUUUAAAUUAUGUGACCAACUCUUUACAAACAACGGGAACUAAAGAAAACAGGCUAAUAUUCAUCUAUUAUUGGCUACAACAAUACUUUAUCUAUAAGCUUAGAAAAAUUCCCAGAUUUAACUUAGAAGAGAUAAGAACUUUAGUUGAAGCUCUUAAAGAUCAAGAGGAUUUAUCCAAAGACAUGAUUCAGACAAUAAUUCCAACAAUUUCAGAUUUGGCUCUAUCUAAUGAUUUAAUUGAGGAUUUCAGCUAUGCAUUAGAGGCUUAUGCAUUUUAUGAAAAGUACUUUAUCUUUGCAAAAAAUCUAGAUUUAGAAGGAAGUUUUGCCACUGAUAUUGGAGUUGUGAAUGGAAAGCUUUACAUUCCAAGCUAUAUUUGGAGUUUUAUAAAAGACAGAGAUGAUGAUGUUAAUUCAGAUAUCGAUAAUUUAAGCAUAAUUCAUUUCUCAGAAACCACCUUGGCAUACUUUACAAGAAUGUUUGUAACUCAACCACAUAACCAAGAUUUCUUUAUCAGAGUAUUGGAAUGGGCUAACAGACAAAAUAUAAAUGAUGAUUCCAUCUUUUCAAUUGCUUUGCUUAAUCUUCAGGAUUUCCAAACUUAUAUACAACACAACACUAAAUUUGGGUACAAUCUUCUGGCCUUUUUAAUUCCUUGGGUAGAUCAUUAUCCAUCAAACUAUCACUUUAGGAGGCUAAGGUCUCUUCCCACAGGUACUUCCCCUGGCUUCUUUUCUCCGGAAGAGACCAAAGAACCGGAGGUUCAGCCACCAAAUAGAUCCAAUGAAAUCUUGUCGGAGAUCGAAAGGCUUAGUUUGGAACAUAAAAAUAUUAUGAGUCAAUUGGAUAAUCAGAUGAUCAAGGAGGAAUCAGCCAUGUUAGUUGUUGAGAAAAUUAGGAAUGAUAUCUAUAUUCUGCUUUCUGAACUUAAAUCAGUUUCCUCUCAAUUGGUUAGUUCUGCAGUAAUGAUUCUUUCCAAUAGGAAAAUUACUCCAUUUAUAAAUACUACAAAUGUGAGACAAUUAAAUGAAAUGGGUUUAAAGUUUGGAGAAUAUGGAAAUAUUAUCUUUGACGAAAGGAUUGCAGAGAAAGGUCUUACUGGGUUAUUCGUUCCAGCUUUAGUGCUCGGGAAUAUUAACUUGGAAACUGGAAUUCUUGAACAGCCUCCUCCAGGUUUUGAUCCAGAGUUCUCCUGCUCUACUCAAAAUAUCAAUAGAAUGCAGGCUUUCAGGCUUUGGUGGAACUCUGUCUUACCAAAAAUGGCUUUCCACUGUUCUGAUCCUCUUCUUUCCAGGGAUCUUCAAAGCGUCGAAAAUCUUUUGCCAAUAUUUACUAAAGUGGGAUUUUCAAUGGAUAGCUCCCUCAUUUCAAGCUCUCUACUGGAACUUACAACUUCCUAUCCUUUCCCUAUGGAUCUAAAAUCCAUGACUGCCAUUGUUGAUUCUUUUCUUAAAGAUGAGGAGAUUAUCUUCUUAACCUUGAAUUUACCAGUUGACAGCUUAGAAAAUGCUUAUCGGGAUUUGAGAAUGAUUGAAGGUUUCUACAAUAAAAAGGCAACUGUGCCUUUGCUGGAUAUUCCUACAGCUUUUUCUUUCACUCCUAAUUUAGAGAUUCCAGGAAAUGAUAACUUGGAUAGAACGCAAGGUAACUCUCUUGCUAGUGCCAAAGUCAAUUUUCUCGACUAUUUAGAAAGGAUCACGGUGGAGUAUUUUGCAUCUUCUCCCAGAAGAAUGCCAACAAUAGGAAUUCCAAGACUCACAAACUUGGCUAUGAACUUCUCAAGCAACUUUGACCAGUUGGUUUUCCUCAUAUCAUCAAUCUUUGGCCCUAUGAGUCCUUACAUAUCCGCUCCGUCUAUUGGAGCUUCUGCUGCACAUCUUGCAGAUUUCUAUAUAAUGAAAAUACCAUUCUCAGAAAUUAUUGAUGAUCAGUAUAUAGAAAGAGAGUUUAAAAAUAGUUUACUGGAAUUUGGUUCUCCUCUUGGAAAAGUUACUUUCACUCAAAACAAUCUUGAUGAUAAAAUACUGAAUUUCAGGUGGAAUUAUCUCUCAGAUCACUUUUUCCAAAACGAUGAGAAGUACUUUACCUCCUUCUUGGUUAUGGCAGAGCUCAUCCAAAUUGCUCUCAACUAUGCUUCAUCUAAAACUGGAGUCUUUGUCAGUCUUAACAGUGAGACUCAAAGACAGAUAUCCUUCUCUUUUAUCACUGGACAGAAUCUUCUUGAAGUUUUUAGAACUAACAUUGAUCUUUCCAACCAGAAUUUGAGUUAUUCCUUGGAAAAUAAGUUCUAUUCAGUUCUGGCUAAAUCUUUUAGCUUCAUAAUAUCCCAGUUAAGACCUUUCCUAGACAACUCUGAUAACAGAAGUCUGGCUGAAGGAAUUCUUCAGAACGCCAUUUCAGACAUUUAUACUAAGGGAUUUUAUCCAGAGAAUGUGAGACACGAGUUGAUAAACAGAAUCACUUUAUUUAUCGAUUUUGACUCUGAUAAAUAUCAAGCUAUUUUCAGCGAUUUGGAGGUUUCUCUUAAUUCCAGUAACAUUUCACUUCCAAAAAAUCUCUCCUCUCACCCAUCAGUAAUCGCUCAGAGAUUCUUGACACAGAGGUCCGAAGCAAAUUUACUUUCUGGACAAAAUUUUGUAUCCAGAACUCCAAUUUGUAACUUUGUUCUGACAUUUGCUCAUUUCCUUACUAAAGUUCUCGAUAAACCUCAAAAUAAAAACAAAAUUGGCAAUUUUGAUUCGUUCUAUUACUCUAAUUUGGAUAUCUGGUCAGAUGUAUGUGGAGUUAACAAACUUGAAUAUGUGAAUUACAGAUCUGUUUUUCUUUCAAUCAUUAAGAACAUUUCAUUCAAGCUAGGAAGUCCUUUGAGUCAGAAUGAGAUUAACAGAUUUACUCUUUUAAUGGAUUUCUUCAACCAAAACAUCAGGGAAAUCAUUCUUAAACAAAAUCCAAGUUUCUCCAAAAGUGAUUCUAAUGAAAUCAUUUUUUCUGAUUUAAAUACCUGUUUGGCAGCUAUAGAGACUUUCUUUACAGAGAAUGAUCUUAAUAUAGAUGAAAUACAAAUAAGUAAUUCCGAGUCUUUGGCAUUCACUGACUACUUUACAAGUUCUCAUUUUUAUCUAUUUUCAAAGGAGGAAGAGUCACAGUCUAGAAUUAAGUACAAAAGUAUGUUAGAGAAUCUGUUUAUUUCAAACAUACAAAGUGAUCUGGAGAAUAUCCCAGGAAUUAAAAGACAAAUUUCAAAAAAUUUCCUCUCAGAUGAACCUUUAAACGCAUUUAUUGAUUCAAAUAACAUCCUGAUGGAGAAACUUUCUGAUCUUUACAAAAAAUUACCAUUUAAAUUUAAAGAAAGAAAACUCAAAUCUGGUAAAAAAGAGCAAUCAUCUAUCACUUUCUCUUACCUAGACGUAGAAAAAGAUCAGUAUAAAGAUAAUUAUGAUCUUGAAGGAAGCUUUUUACAUGGAAAGAAAAUAGCUUGUGUUAACAGAGCCGUAUUAUUCCAACAUUGGUGGCUUCUUGUCUGGCCAAAGAUACCAUUCUACACCAAUGAUUUCGUCUUAGGUGAGCUAUUAUCAAGAUUGGAAAUUCUUACUGAAGCUUUUCAAAAUGCCUGCAUGUUUACAUCCUCAGAAAUUAUUUUCAGUUCCAUUGGAAAGUUAAUUGCUGGUAUUUCUGGAGUCUCAUUGAAGAAAAAUCACAUAUAUAUCAUGAUAGAAACCUUUUUGGAUUUUGAAAAUAAGGCUUUGGAGUUCUCAGGAGCUAAGGAUUUGGAAUCAGCUUAUUCUUUUGAUAUUGGUAUGCUCAACUCUAUGUUUUCUAUUGAACACAAAAUCCCUCCUAUUCCAAUUCCAAAAGGAUAUAUCAAAGUUACUUUAAUAUCUGACUUGAACAAUCUUGCUCAGUACUUAUUCAGAAUCAUAUCCGAGUACUUUGCAGCUAGUCCACGUAAUUAUCCUACUAUACUAAUUCCAAAUACAUUAUUUCUAGCUGAACAUUUUGAUUUGGAAAAAGAAAAUUUGACUUAUAUUAUAUACAUAUGGAGUGACUUAGAAUCAGAAAACAGUAUUCGUAGCUUUUUCCAAGCCCCAACAAUUGGUGCCAGUUUUGAGGAUUUGGCAGAUUUCAUUAUUGAGAAUUUUAAAUUGAACUUUCUUAAUGUUGGUUAUUCCAUUCAUUAUCUUCAGUUCUUCUCAGAUCCUCUUUUCUCAACUUUCUUCAAGUUUGGCAGUCCUUUGUUCAGAGUUAAGAAUAUCAAUCUGGAAGUUAGAUGUUCCAGAGAAGAAGAGAGCUGUAAUCCUUUCAUACCCAAAUUCGCCCUCUCUGAUUCAAGACAAAAACUUUUAGAGGAAAAUCUCAGCUUAAUUAUAACCAAAAGCUUUACUUUAACAUCUAAUAAGAUGCAAUUGCCUCCAGAUUCUGAAAUCUUCAAGUUCUUCUUCGUAUCAGAUGUAGCUGAUGCUAUAAUGCUUGGCAUUAAUGUUUUGGAUGCUGUCAGAGUACUUGGAUUUGGUGAUCAUAAACUUCAAGUGAGUAUUAUGGAAAUCAACAAGUUUUCAGUUUUAUUCUCCAAGAUUUUCUCAAGGAUUUUCUCAUCUCUUUUAGAGUCUUUCAAUGCUUACACAUACUUUAAAAAACCUGCUUUGAAUCUCAACUUUAAUCAAAUGAAAACACUCUCAGCGAAAAAUUUUAACUUAAUGUCUCAAUUUGCUUCAGAAUUAAUGAUUUUAACAGUAUUAAGUAAUGAUGAACUUAAAAAAUUCUUCAGUUUAAUAUACAUUGAUGAUCUCUUUGCAGUAGAAACCUAUCAAGCUUUUUAUGGAAUUACAACUUCAGAUUAUACAAGAGGUAUGAUUACAGUCCACAACAAGGCUAAACAACUCACAGUUCAUCUCCAAAUCAUCCAAUUCAACUAUUUAUAUUGUUUCAUUCUAUUCCUAAUACAUAUUUUUGCUAGAGCUGGAUUAUCCCAACUACAUAUCUCCUUCAGGUAUCAUUAUCUACUUAGUUUUGAGAAUGUAAUCCGAGCAACCAUCAUUUCAAAUCAAGAAGGAGUAGCAGGAGCUGUCUUUGCACUUAUUUCACAUAAAGACAGGUUCUCCCUUGGAAAUUUUACUCUGGAUAAGUUUAAGCAGGUCUAUUUAUACUUCAAGAAUCAUGUUACUUCGUUCUUUAAUGGAAUCCCUAUACAAUUGGUAUUUGCUUCCUCUGAGGCUCUUAUUCCUUUCAUUAAAUCUUUUGAUGAUGCUACUAAAAAUGUCAAGUUGGAUAGUUUCACACCAGUAACAUAUUUGAAUGAGUUCCAAAGUAAAAACUUCCCAUACUAUUUUCCCAAGUCCCAGUCUCUCUCUCCAUCUUUUAUGAUAGAGGACAUUCUUAACAAUAAUUCUCAUCGUAAUAUGGCCCUCCUUAACUUUCAGGAAACCUCCUUCGUUACUGGUAGCUUUUUCAGUCCUUGGGUACCAUUCUUGAUUGGAUUAGAAACUGUGAAACAUUCAUAUAUAGAAUCUGAAGCUUCUGAUGAUCGUCUACUUAACACUGAUCCUGGCCAUGUUUAUCUCAGAAGAAAAAUUAAAUCAAUCUAUACUUUAAAUCAGAAUUUGGAUUUAACUCUUGAAUAUAAUUCCUUAGUAGAUCUUGGAUCUGCAACUCUUGAAUCCGGAAUUAUCUCCUACCAGAAUGAUCAAAAUACUCAAAACGAAAAUCAAUAUCAGAAUAGCCUCAAUGGAUUAAAAGUUUCUGUCUUGAACAGAGCAGUGUUAUUCAGAGAAUGGUUUAUUCGAGUUUGGGACACCUCACCAGCUAUUAGUAGAGAUCCAAUUAUCAUUGAGUUUUUGAAUGACUUUGAAUCCAUUAUCAAGAUUUUUAAUGCUCCAUUAACUCAAGUAUCAAUCAUUAGCACUAAUUUGAUUUCUUACUUUGUUUCUAAAAUGGGAAUAUAUUUAGAUCGGAUAAUCCCUCCCAUAAUCAAUGAAUAUAUUAACUUUGAAGAGAAAAUGGUGACUGAAUUUGGCUAUAAAGAUCUUUCUGAGGUUCUGGAAUCUGGUGUUGCUGGUCUUUUACUCUUUAGUUUACCAAUAUCUGAUCCCUUACCAAGAAAUAAAUGUCAUAUCAAAAAUAAGGUCUGGGGUAAAGGAUUAGAUUCUUUUAAACGCUUUCAGAUCCUUGAUUAUGCCACUCAAAAACUCACAGAAUACCUUUCAACAGUUCCAAGAUCAGCUUUAACUAUCAGUAUUCCAGAUGUAAGUAUUAUCCUGGACAAUUUUUCUGAAAACCAGCCAGAAAUAACUAAAUGUGCUAUAGCAGUAUGGGCAAAAGACCGUCCUGAUCUUAUCUCAGCUCCUUCAUUGGGACUGGAUCCAGAUUCAAUAUUCGACUUUAUGGAGUCAUUCCUUUCUACCCGUAGGUUGGAUCAAGACAAUUUUGAGAUAUCACACAUUUACCAACUUUCUUAUGGUCUAUUGGACGAAUAUCCAAUUCAAGAUUUCUUUUACAAUUACAAUGCUUUCUUUGUUCUGAGAGGGUAUGACAGCUUCUAUAAUGAAGCAGUUGGUCCUUUAAUAAGUGACAAAGCUACUCUGGAUGCAAUCACAGAUGUCCUAAAACUCAUUUCUGCUAACGUAUUGGAUACUUAUGAAUUCAACUACUAUUCAGACAAUGAUCAAGAUGACCAAGUAGAAGUAAAAAAGAAAGGUGAAUUUUAUGUUGAUCUUUCUAAUUCUUUAGACUAUAAGACUUUUACAAUCCGUAUGCUUAUGGGUGUUUCAGAAUCAUUUUCAACUAGAAAGCUAUUUCAGAGCAUUGGAGCUUUGAAUUUACCUAAAGAUCUAAAUAAGAUUUCUUCAGAUUUUAUUAGAAAGAUCUCAGUUCUUAAAGUAUGUGUAUAUGAAUACUUCUUUGAAAACACAUAUGAGUUUUUAUUUGGGAAGUUAAAUAUAUACAUUCAGAAAUCAGGGUACAAGCUUACACAACAUGAAACAUUUAAUCUUUUCCUUAAUCAUAUCUUUGUGUUAUUCUCCAAAAAUCUGGUUUCAGAUUUAAAAUUAAUCUCAGAUUGUUUCUCAGAAUACAAGUUUCAACAAAGACCAAACUAUUUCUCGACAAUCCCAGAUCUUGGACCUGUUUCCCAACAAACUGGUUUAGUUAUUUCAGCUUUUAAUAAUUUCAAAACUGAGGGACUUGAAACAGCUUUUGUUCCCCAAAUAAAUCUUUUAGUCUUUUAUUUAAAGUCUCUCAAUUCUCUGAUAAACCACCCAGGAAACAAGUUUAUCCUUUCAAUCCCAGCUUCUAUUAACUUUAUGAGUACCAAUAUGUUGCUAAGACUUUCUGGAUGUGAUCUUAUAACUGAUAAUGGAUUUAGUUGUCUUGCUGGGACUAUAAUGAACUCUCUUAUUGAUUUAGGAUCAGAUGUUGGGAAUUUAACACAAGAAGCACUUAAAGAGAUAUUGGCAUCUUUAUUUAAAAUAGUUGGAGAGAUAUCUUAUGCAUCUUAUACUAAGCUGGAUUCAGAGAUUAAAUAUAUUGAUCCAAUUAAGAAUAGAUCUCAUUUGGCGAGUAACUUGAGUUAUUAUAAUUCAAAUCUUCUUUCAAUAUUAUUUGGUAACUUAGAGAAUCUUGAAGAAAUCAUAAACAGUGAGUUCAGACAGAAAUUUGUUAAUAUUACAAGCCUUUCUAAAUCUUUAAAUGAUUCCUACAAACCUGAUCAUUUGACUAAUACACAGCUAUUACAUAUAUUAGGAAUCUACAAUAAAGGAUAUUUCUGGAGCUUAAGUGAUAGACUAUAUAACGUUCCUGCCUUCUUCGUGAAAAGAUUAGCAACAAAAAAUCCAUUGAAUUUAGAUGAAUUCUUUGACCAAAUGGGUGUUUCCGGUAUCUUAAAAGUAAUGAAUAGUGUCUUCCCAACUCUUUUAAAGGUUUCUGUAUUGAAGAAUGGAGAUAUUGAAAGCAUAAACAACAAGUUCAAAAAAACUAACAUUGUUAUAGCAAACAGAGCUGCCAUGUUUCAUUCUUUUGUCCAUAUAACAACUUAUCCAUAUUCUGGUGAUGGAAAUUCAUGUGCAAUUCUUCCAGAUGAAAGAAGUAAUAGAAAAGGGAUCUCACUGGAAGAAAGUAUCCGUUUCUUCUCAUCUUACAAUGGUCAGGAUGUCCUAGGAUCAGUUUUUAAAAUCUGGAAAUAUUUUAAUAAUAUUGAAUUCUAUAAAGCUUAUCAACUGUUGGAUGCCUUCUAUGCUAUAGAGAAACGUUUAUUUGGGUUGGAUGCUUUGAAGGGAACUCCUCACAGUGUUUACUCUGAUGCAAAAAGAGUUUUUGAAAUACUGAGGUUGUUCUUGCCUAUAAUCUUGGAUUUGGAGAUUCCUGAAUACGAAGGUGAGGAGGCUAAAAACUUAGGAAGAAUAAUAAUGUUACUCGGAAGAAGGUUCUUUACUGAGGUGGAUAUUAAAAAUGAGCUUACUUUGGAGAAAUCUAUAAAGAUUGCGAGACAUUUCUGGCCAUUAGAAUGGGAUUACUAUUUUAGCACAUUAAAACGUUCUAGUGUUGGGUAUUAUGCUCAACUAUCGGUUUUGGAAAACCUAAAAAGUAUUAGAAGAACCCCAAAGCUGGCACAAGAGUUUAUGUCUUUCGUGAAUGAGUAUAUCUAUGAUGGCAUGGGUUCGGAUCCCGGUCUAAGGUAUUUUUCGGAUUACAAGAGAGUUUUUGUGAAAAGAGAGAAAUUCCUUAAGAAGGCAUUUUCGAAGCCUUUUGUGUGUUCUGAAGAAGAUCUUCCUUGGGUUCAUCCUAGAAUGGAAUAUUCAGGAAUAUCUUUUCCACAGUUCAACUUUAUGAUGUAUGUUAUAACAGCGUGGAAGACUUAUGUUGAGUCGGUAAUCAUUAAGAAGGCAUUAAAUAUAAAUGGAAGAAAAUGGUCGAGGAUUUUGAAGGAAGCAAGACCGGGUCUGAUUUCGAUUUUAGAUUCUUUUUCACGUGGUAAUUCGUUGGUGUCUCCGAGCUCAUUAUCUUUGUUUACCAAUUUGGCUUACAAAUUAUUAGGUGAAGGAAACUCGAAUGCAUUCCCAAGUAAGGCCGAUAUAAAGAAACAUUUUGAAGUUUUUUUGACUGAAAUCCAAAGAUUUUCUAGAAUCAGACAUCCAGGGACUAUUAGUACUUCUUUCAUGUGGCCAGCAAUAGAUUGUGAGGCUUCAACAUCUUCGCCUGCAUUAAAGGGAGAUACUGAUAUGAUAAUGGUUGUUCCUGGACUCACAUUCCCUAUGGUUUUGAAUAACAUAAGUAGCAUGGACAGAUCGGCAAGAAAAUCCUCAAAAGCAUCCAAAACAAGGGAAUUGUUGAUAGAUUCUUUAGGAGAAUUUUUUUCAGAUCAUCAUGAAGGAUACUUUGACCCAGAGGACAAUGAAUCCGAACUUUUUGGGUCUGAGACAGAUGAAGGUACGGAUGACCAAGUUCAGGAGGAGAUAAGAAAGGGAAUUAAAUUGGAGGAUUUAACUGAUCACGAAGAUGACAAUUCGUCUUUGGCCACUGACAACGAGUAA